CACAAUAACAACAACUGCGUUAGUGAAAUGCAGCCGUAAUAUUUUCUCUUCGCUUUUUAUAUAAAAUAAAUAAUAAAAAAAACCUGAAUAGCGAAAAAAAAACAAGUUUCUAUUAACAAAAAAUAUCAGAAAUCGUAGUGCAAUAUAACACUAAACCAUAAUUAAUUAUAAGCCCACACACAUACGAAUAAAUGGUGUACCAACCAAUACAACUAUGCAAGUGAUGAUAAAUUUAAGUACAAUUAACCAAAACAUUUAACCAGGAAACUAAACAGAUAUUCGAUAAUUUACACAAGUAAAUUCGAAUACCAAUAACUCAGAGAGAAGAAGGAGAAAGGAAGCAUCUAACACUUUGUACUAACUACCCAUCUUACAAUAAGACCGCAAAGAUGCAUGCCCGCAAGGAGCAACAACAACCACAACAGAGAAAGGCAUCGCAUCCGAUUUAUUUGAACGAAGGCUUGAGUCCCAAGAAGACAGCUCUGAUCAUAGUCACCGUUGUGGGAUGCAUUGCCAUACUAUGGCCAAAGGUGUUUUAUCCAAUGAUGUUCGGUGGCAAUGGAGUAGCCACCAAUAAGGGCAACAUGAAGGAACCUCAUCGUGGACCUGGAGGUUGUUGUGAUGUGGUGCUUAACAAAGAGGAGUUUUUCAAUAUAACCACAUUGGAACCAGAAAAGCCACCCUCGGAGGCUCGCAUAAUAUACGGGCCGCAGUUAUAUCGUAAAAGUGUUAACAUCUAUACUGGUGAAAUAAGUCUUCGCCAGGAACGCCCAGCUCAUUUACAUCCAGAUUCUGUAUAUCAGGCCAUGAGGGAACGUGGCCGUGCCAUACCAGCAACACCAACAAUACCCAUAGUGGAACGUAAAUCGUCACCAAGUAAUCCACCACCAAGAAUUGUUGAAGGCAGGCCUGGCCCAAUACCCGGCAUGCGUCCACCAAUGGGUGCGGGGGCGAUGCAUCAACCACAAGCAAAAGGCAACCAGAGUAUGGGCAUUUUAAUGCCACUUUAUACCAUAGGCAUUGUUAUAUUCUUCGGUUAUACUAUUAUCAAGAUAGUCUUCAAGAAGCCAGUACCAAACGCACCCUAUGGACCAGCACCAGCCGAUCCCAAUUUCAGAAAAGAAGUAUUCGGUCAUGAGAAUGGAAGGCAUGUUGAGGAUUUGAAUGGAUCCAAACUGGGAUGGCGAGAACAUCAAACAAGAAUUAAAUAUCCUGAUAGCGCCGCACAACAAGCUCUGCAACUACAGGCUCAACAGCGCCACAAGUCAAGUGAUUUGUACAAUGCCUCCCUGUCGGCCCAAACGGCUGCUUCCAAUCUAUCAUCGUCGCUGAAGCAUCAACAUCAGUUACAUCAGCCACUGCAUUCGGCCACAUCCAAGGAAACGGAUAAGCUAAUGGAGAUUGAGAAAUUGCGCAAAAAAUUGGAGGACACCGAAAAGGCCAUGGCCAAAUUAAUUGCCGAAAUGAAUUCUGAUCAAUAUGAAGCUAAGAAAAACUCCAACGAAAAUUCGACCACGAACAUUUCCAAUGGGCAUGCAAACACCAUUCAUGAGACAUCUGGUGACGACAAUCGAGUAGAAGAAAUUGAAGUUAGCAAAAAGGAAGCAACGGCUGAUGACAAACGUAAAGUGAGGGAUGGCAGUGCUGAUCGUACAGUAGCGGUUCUUGGAAUGGAAGUUAGUGCCAGUUGUGAGGGUGGACAAAAAUGGUUAGGUCGCCCUCCAACGCCGGUGCUACCACACCAUCACGAACAUUCCAAACUUGAUGAUGAUAUACCAGAACCCCAAUCCAUAUACUUGGAAGGAACAUUGGCGCAUGAUUCGCAAAUUCUUGUUGCUGAUGCAGAAACCAAACAGGAAGAAGUUCAAGACGAUGAGCUGGAUGGAUCAUGUGAAGAACCAGCUAUUGUUAUAAGUAGUAAAAUGACCUUAUCACUCAUCAAUCUGGAUAGUCUGAAAGCUGCCAAAUCUGAGGCGAAGAAGGCUAACGCCACUGCAGAAAUUGAAAGUCCUUUGGCUGAUGAUAUUGAAAUAAUAGGUCAUGAUUUAAAUUAAAACAAACAUCGAACGAAGGGUGAAUGUGUGAAGAGAGAAAAAAUCCCACAAAUUAAAAGGAAACCAGAUAAAUCUAUUUAACCCCAAGGCAGAAGGCGUUACGUCCGAGCGUGUAUUUUUGAUUGAUUUGAUUUCCUCACAAAUAUUGACUGAUUUAAUUAUAAAUGAUUUAAUGUCUAUUUAUCGUUGUAUUUAACUUCAGUUCGUUAAAAUGAUGUAUGUUGUCUGUCCAUCGCUCACUAACUUCAACACACUCACACCCAUAAACAUUUCAACAGGAAAUAAAGGUAUCCCAGUACUUCCGUUGUAAGGAAUCGUUGUGUAAAACGUUGCCAAUCUACAUUGAAAUACUAAGGGACAUUUUCUCAAUAUGCCUUUAACUACUCUCUAGUCAUGGCUUACUGAGAAUAUAUCUCUUUUUAAGUUUUCAAUUUUAUACUCGUGUCGUUAUGACAUUUUUUGUUUGCAAAAUUUUUGUGCAUUUUUUUAAAUAGUUAGUAGACAUCAUUGUUAUAUUUUUCUUGUUUUUCGCGCGUUUAUUCGUUUUGUUCGUUCAUUUGUUCAUCAUCAAUCACCAUUGUAUGCUCAAAUUAUUUUACCCUAAAUAAAUUGAACCUAAACACUAUGAUUUUCUAAAAGAAAACCAAAAAAGAAUGAAUUGUAUGCCAAAUAUUUUAGUAUUUAAAAUAAAUUACCCUAAUUCUCGAAGAAAAAAAAAUAAAUGAAAUUAAUCUCUAGUCCAGGCCUCCUUCCCCACAUGAAUUUUGUGCAACACUUACAAAUUUAUGAUAUUUAUUUGAAAUUAAUUAAGAAAGUAUGUGUGUAUGUACUUACUGCAAUUGUAUCAUUUUUAAUUGUAUGUAUGUAGUACGAAAUGAAUUAAACGUUUUAGAUUUUAAUAAACAAUCGAGAAUACGUCAAUAAAUGAAAAUUUGCGCAAGAA